AUGAAUGGCGAGGCCGCUUCCGCGAACCAGCGGUUGGGUGUGGCCCGGAAUGACGCCCUACAAGGCGCCACGCUUGCAUUCCAGCACUCUAGGGAUCCCUCACCCAAUGUGAAGGUCAGAUCUUCCGCUGCCACUGCUGCAAUGGCAAGCGAUCGUCAGGCUUUGGGUCGUCAGAGGACUGGAUCCGACGCCCCCGAAGUGGGCUCCGUAAAGGAUAAGAUUGGGAGAUUGGCCAGGCCACUUUCGCCUCCAGCCAAUACACCAUUAAGUGUGAGGGGACGAAGUUCAGCCGCCUCUCUCUCCUCGGCCUCCCAAAUUGCGGCACGGAUCGCUGCGUCAAGGUCCCCUGGGCGGGACACCAGUGCUCCGUCGACAACUGCCAGACUUGGCGCAGCAGGUGCAGGUGCAGUACGAAGUGCGAGCCGGGUGCCACCCUCGCCAGAAAAGCGACAGCUACCAGCACCAACCCCUCUUCGCUCGAUCCAAGGGAGACAGAGCCCCUUAGAUCGCAUGCUGCACGAAAGUGGCUUAAAAUCCGAGUCAGAUCUGCCUAUCUACGGGCGCUCUCCAUCCCAACAAUCCAGGACAACUCUAGAUUAUCAGGAUAAUCGAGAACCGGGCCCCCACCUCUCCUUGGUGUCUCGGAAUUCUUCUGUGCCACUAGAUGAGCUGAAACCAAGGCUUCCGCCGCGUGUGCCUCCAUCACGAGGGUCUACCAGAAACCAUGGAUUUUUCGAAACACCUUCGACACCGAGCGCGGCAUCUAUGUCAAGCCCGUCACAUACGACAAGUACCCCCAGCAUAAUAGACGACUCUAUUGGCAUGAGCGAGGAAUCCCUCUCUAGUGCUAUUAUCGCCUCAUCCCUGGCAUCAGCACGAGCAUCCCCAUCUAUCAAGACUCCCCCGCCGCUUCCUCCACAGCGACGAGGGGCACGAUCCAUUCUACAUUUGGCACACCAAUCCAAGAGUGAACUAUCAAGGACACCAAGUCCACCCAAGGGCAUGCCGAUGACACUCCGCGGCAUGCCGAAACCCACCGAUGCCGACUACCGAAAACACAGAAACCCCCUGCACAAACACCCCCACAAACACAAGGAGGGGGACCGUAAGCGCUGGAGACGCGAGGUUACCGAGAAAGAACGCAAACGUUACGAAGGUCUUUGGGCCUCUAAUAAAGGGCUUCUCGUCCCUCCCGAUCCCAGUGGAGCCGGGCCAUACCCAUCUAAUGCCUCGGAUAUGGUUCUCAACCUGGUGGUGCGGGAAAUCUGGUCCCGCAGCCGCCUACCCGAGGCAAUCUUGGAGCAAGUGUGGGAUCUGGUCGAUCACCAAAAUAUCGGUCUUUUGAUGCGUGAGGAAUUUGUGGUUGGAAUGUGGUUGAUCGACCAGUUCUUGAAGGGACACAAGCUCCCUGUGAAAGUCCCGGACAGUGUCUGGGAUAGCGUGCGGAAUGUUGCGGGUAUUAAGCUCCCCCUUGGAAAAGGCAAGGCCCAUGCUUAA